UUUCCAUCCAUGUAGAUGCUGUCCUCUUGGAUCCUCAGCUUCCUCCUGCUGGCCACCGUUCAAGGGAAGGAGAUCUGCUUUGGGCAUCUUGGCUGCUUUUCGAAUGAGAAACCUUGGGCAGGGACCUUCCAGCGGCCACUCAAGCUCUUCCCUCAGUCCCCCAAAGCCAUUGACACCCGCUUUCUUCUGUACACGAAUGAAAACCAGAACAACUAUCAACGGAUCACUGCCACAGACCCGAACACCAUCAAUGGUUCAAACUUCCAAGCUGACCGCAAGACGCGCUUCAUCAUCCACGGCUUCAUAGACAAGGGGGAAGAGAACUGGCUGUCAGACAUGUGCAAGCCAGACCUCCUGUCCCUUCCUCUGCAGACUGAGAUGGGUCACAGACCCGAAAACGUGCACCUCAUCGGCCACAGCUUGGGCUCACACGCGGCCGGCGAGGCGGGAAGGAGGAUGGGGGGACGCUUGGGCAGGAUCACAGGGCUGGAUCCGGCAGAGCCGUGCUUCCAGGGCACACCUGAAGAGGUUCGGCUGGACCCAUCCGACGCCAUGUUUGUGGAUGUGAUUCAUACGGAUGCUGCUCCCAUAAUCCCUUUCCUAGGUUUUGGAAUGAGUCAGAAGGUGGGCCAUUUAGAUUUCUUCCCCAAUGGAGGAGAGCACAUGCCUGGAUGUCAGAAAAACAUCUUGUCAACCAUCGUGGACAUCAACGGACUUUGGGAAGGAACCCGGGACUUUGUAGCUUGCAAUCACCUAAGAAGCUACAAGUAUUACUCGAACAGCAUCACCACCCCAGACGGCUUCCUGGGAUACCCGUGCGCCUCGUACGAUAAGUUUCAGGAGAAUGGGUGUUUCCCUUGUCCACACGGAGGAUGCCCCCAAAUGGGACACUAUGCUGACCAAUUUAAGGGGAAGACCAGUGCUGUGGGACAGGCGUUUUUCCUGAACACGGGAGACAGUGCUAACUUUGCCCGCUGGCGAUAUAGGGUGUCUGUCAAACUCACUGGGAAAAGAAAAGUGAGUGGGUACUUCAGGAUUGCUUUGUAUGGAAGUAAUGGAAACUCAAAGCAGUAUCAGAUUUUCAAAGGCUCCCUCCUACCAGACGCAAGGCAUACACUUGACAUUGAUGUGGACCUCAAUGUUGGAAAACUCGAGAAGGUUAAGUUCCUCUGGAACAACCAUGUGAUAAAUCUCCUUCAUCCCACACUGGGGGCUUCCCAAAUCACGGUGCAAAGUGGGGAAGAAGGAACUGAGUAUAAAUUUUGUGGCAGCGGCACCGUGCAAGAAGACGUUUUGCAAUCUCUUUACCCUUGUUAA